CACCCCCCUUCCAGCUGUGUGAGCCUGAUGGACGGAGUACAGUGAGAAAGGAGAGAGAGAGACGAGUGCGAGGAGCGGGAGCAGCCCGGUGCUUUUCAUCAUGCGCGCAACAGUGGAGAAGGGAGGUGUUUGUGAUAUUUAGGAAAUAUUAAAAAAGAAAAAGAAACAAGAAACAAGGCUGGACGGCUGUCUGCGCUCGGGAUGCGCAGCGGCAGCAGCAGCAGCAUCUCCAUGGAUGUGCUGAAACUCCGGAGCGGGAUCUACGUUUGAAAGAAAGCCGCCUUUGGAUGAAAGUGCCGGGAUCGUUCAUUUAAAGGAGGGGAAGAGCAAAGCUCGGUGGAGGAUUUUCUCCCUUUUUAGGGGUUUGCCCAUCAGCGCUGUGGAGGAGGAGGGGGAGGAGGAGGGGAGCGGAGAGAAGUUUGUGCGCGGCGUCAGUAAAUUUCACACAAACAGAGAAAAAAGAAAAGAAAAGAAAGAAGGCUGAGAGCUGAAAAGUAGGGAAAAGUCUCCCUGCGGCCGAUUCAAUCUUUACGAUUUAGGAUUAUGAAGCGUGCCUGAGGUCCCCGGAGAGGCUUCUUGGACACCGGAGACCGGACCCGGGGGGGCGCAGCGCGUCUCAGACGGACCCGAGCGGCAGAAGGAGCACCGCAGCGCACCAGCAGCUGGAAACUAUACGCUCCACAAACCUCCAAGAACACCUCUCCUCUGCUCCAUCCCUCGCGUUUCUUCUCUCUUGCUUUCUUUCCGUCAGGCCGGCGUGGACUUUACAGCCACGGCACACACAAACACGCAAAAAGAAGAAGAGAGAAACUGAUCAUGCGAUGACUGAGCGCGCUUUGGGCACAUCUACCCGAGUCCAUUACAGGAGGUGAAUGAUGGCCGAGGAUGGGGGAAAUCUCUCCGGGGUUCCCGACGCCGGGGCCUCGGAGGGUCGCUCCUCUCUGCCGAGGACUUUCAUCCGGCUCAACGACCUGUCCGGGCUCGGGACGGGCGGCGGGGAGCACGGCGAGGUGUCGGCGGUGGAGCCGGCGUCCCCGGCACCGGACGGGAUCUCUGCAGCCGGGGAGGAAAUGUCGGCGAGCGGCGGGGAUAGCCUGCCCUACCCCACCCUGGCCCCCGUGGUCUUCUUCUACCUGAAACAAACCACCCGGCCCCGGAGCUGGUGCCUCAAAAUGGUCUGCAACCCAUGGUUCGAGCGAGCGUCCAUGCUGGUGAUCCUGCUGAACUGUGUGACACUGGGCAUGUUUCAUCCCUGUGAAGACAUCAACUGUGACUCAGAGAGGUGCAAGAUCUUACAGGAUUUUGAUGACUUCAUCUUUGCAUUCUUUGCCAUCGAGAUGGUGAUCAAGAUGGUGGCUCUAGGGAAUUUUGGCAAGAAGUGUUACCUUGGAGACACGUGGAACCGUUUGGAUUUCUUCAUAGUGUUGGCUGGGAUGCUGGAGUACUCGCUCAACCUGCAGAACGUCAGCCUUUCAGCAGUGAGGACGGUUCGUGUGCUGAGGCCGCUGAGAGCCAUCAACCGAGUGCCAAGUAUGCGUAUCCUUGUGACCCUGCUGCUGGACACCUUGCCUAUGCUGGGUAAUGUACUGCUGCUGUGCUUCUUCGUCUUCUUUAUAUUUGGCAUAGUGGGCGUCCAGCUGUGGUCUGGCCUGCUCAGAAACCGCUGCUUCGUCGAAGACAACUUCUCCUUCCCUCUGUCUGUGGAGCGGGGAAAGUACUACCACACUGAAAACGACGACGAGAACCCUUUCAUCUGCUCUCAACCCCGAGAGAACGGCAUGAGGGACUGUAGCUCGAUUCCCAAGCUGUAUGAGGAGGGGGGCCUGGAGUGCACCCUGGAUAUUGACUCUUAUAACAGCACUGACAACACCACCUGCGUCAACUGGAACCAGUAUUAUACCAACUGCUCUGCUGGUCUGAUCAACCCUUUUAAGGGAGCCAUCAACUUUGAUAACAUCUGCUAUGCUUGGAUCGCCAUCUUUCAGGUGAUUACCCUGGAAGGCUGGGUGGACAUCAUGUACUUUGUGAUGGAUGCUCACUCCUUCUACAACUUCAUCUACUUCAUCCUUCUCAUCAUUAUUGGCUCGUUCUUCAUGAUCAACCUGUGCCUGGUGGUCAUUGCCACUCAGUUCUCAGAGACCAAGCAGAGGGAGAGCCAGCUGAUGAAGGAACAACGAGUGCGCUUCAUGUCCAACGCCAGCACUCUGGCAUCCCUCUCCGAGCCAGGCUCCUGCUAUGACGAGCUCCUCAAGUACUUGGUUCACAUCAUCCGCAAGGGGGCCAAGCAAGUAGCCCAUAUCUGCAGGCUCUUGGCCCGUCGUGCUGGGCUCCACAUUGCUGCCUCGCCCCCAGCCACAGAUAUCCAACGCAGCCACAGCCAGAGGAGAAGGAGAAAGACCUCUAGGCAGGGGUCUGUGUCAGUUCAUCACAUAAUGCAUCAUCAUCACCAGCACCACCACCACCACUACCAUCUAGGGAAUGGUAGUGUGAGGGGAGGAGGGAGCACCAGAUGUUUGGACAGUAGGGAGAUCGAAGGUGGGGCUCAUAACAACAACGGGGGGACUCUCAUAGCAAACACUGGAAGUGGGCAUCUUGCCGUGGCGCUACCCUCUUCAGUUACAGCAGCAACGUCCGAUAUGAACCUUGCGAUUUUGUCCAGUCCUGCUGCUGAUUCAUCCUCAGUUUGCAGCGUUUUGAACACCAACUCUGGAAUUGCUCCAGGCUUCUUCUCCUUGGCUCCGGCUCCCAAGUCCAGGGCCAUUAAGAGGAACUCUGUGCCCUUUGCUGCUCCAGGGCCUAAGAACUACCCUACCCUUCAAGCUCGGGCUCUGGCCGAGUCUAGAAGAGGGAGCAUUGCAGCUAGCACCCUGACGAACAUCAACCUUAAUAUUCCACCAAUGCCCCAGGACAGAAGGCCAUCGAGUCUGGUGGACCCGCUCAGUCCAACAGCCCAGCUCUCCUGCCAGCUGUCAGCCCGUGACCUCAGCACCACCAGCAGCGCCAUGGACACGGCCGCUUUGACACUAGACCCUGAGAGCUGCCCCUACUGCGCCAAGGCCCUGGCCAACGAAUCGGAGGGCGGGACCGAGGGCAACGAGACACCUGGCGACUCAGACAGCGAUGGGGUAUACGAGUUCACUCAGGACCUCCACCACAGGGACAGAAGAGACAGCCGGCAGCCCAAAAAGAAGCACCGGAGGUUGGGGAAAACGGCCGCCAAGGUUGUUCACUUCUGGAGGCUGGUGUGCGACACUUUCCGGAAGAUCGUGGACAGCAAGUACUUUGGCCGAGGGAUUAUGAUCGCGAUUCUGAUUAAUACUCUGAGCAUGGGAAUCGAGUACCACGAGCAGCCUGAGGAGCUGACCAAUGCUUUGGAGAUCAGCAACAUCGUAUUCACCAGCCUGUUUUCUUUGGAGAUGCUGCUGAAGGUUUUGGUGUACGGGCCCUUUGGCUACAUCAAAAACCCCUACAAUAUCUUUGACGGCAUAAUUGUGGUCAUCAGCGUGUGGGAGAUCGUGGGACAGCAGGGCGGGGGUUUGUCGGUGCUGAGGACUUUCCGGCUGAUGCGCGUCCUCAAACUGGUCCGCUUCAUGCCGGCCUUGCAGAGACAGCUGGUGGUGCUCAUGAAGACCAUGGACAACGUGGCCACUUUCUGCAUGCUCCUCAUGCUCUUCAUCUUCAUCUUCAGUAUCCUGGGGAUGCAUCUUUUUGGUUGUAAGUUUGGGUCAGAGAGAGACGGAGACACUCUACCAGACAGGAAGAACUUUGACUCUCUUCUCUGGGCCAUAGUGACUGUCUUCCAGAUCCUAACACAGGAGGACUGGAACAAGGUGUUAUAUAACGGCAUGGCCUCCACCUCUCCCGUAGCUGCGCUCUACUUCAUCGCGCUCAUGACCUUUGGCAACUACGUCCUCUUCAACUUGCUUGUUGCCAUCUUGGUUGAAGGGUUUCAGGCAGAGGAAGUGGCCAAGCGGGAGGACUUGCAUGCCCAGCUGAGUCUCAUUCAGCUGCCUGUUGUUUCAGGGGGUGAUGCUUCUAAAUCAUGCUCAGAGAUUGAUUCCUUUGCACGAAGCAUGGAGGACGUCAACGGCAGCAAGAAGGAUUUAUCGGCCUCUGCAGUAGUGCCUGUAAAUGGUCAUGUGGACCUGAAGUCAAACCUGACUCCACCGCUAAUUACCCACACUGCUGCCACCCCCAUGCCCGUACCAAAGUUGCCCGUGGGAGGUGAAUCCAACCCGGGCUAUGAGUCUCGUCGAGGCAGCAGCAGUUCUGUUGACCCAGCCUGCUAUGACAAAUCACCGACCAGUGUCCGGAGCUCUUCCCCUUAUGCCCCAUGGAGCUCCGGCAGUGGCCGGACAAGCCGCAGAUCCAGUUGGAACAGCCUGGGUCGUGCUCCGUCAUACAAACGCCAGAAGAGGCAGUCCGGGGAACGACGGUCGCUUCUGUCGGGGGAGGGUGGCUCAAGUUCAGAAGACGGGGAGGGCGGAGGAGAAGGAGGUGGUGGACUGAUGGAGGAAGACGAUGCAUCCCUGGCCAGGACGGACUCCAUGUCCCAAUCGCAGAGAGGGCCCAGGCACAGGAGGAUGGAGUCAGUGGAGACUCGGAGCUCAAUGGAUUUGCCACCUGAUGCUUUACUCCAGGUGCCCUACCGGUACCGCUCAGCAAGCAUGCACAGCUCCAGACCCCCCUCCCUGAGCCACUUGCGGCCCCCAGAACACAGUGACUGCAACGGAAAGGGAUCUCCAUCAGUCCUCGGUCCCACACACGUCUCGCUGGAAGAGAACACCGAAGACGAGAAUGCAGAGGAGGAGGUGAACCUGGGUCGUUUUGCCAGGUUGCUCCGCUGGCUGGAGAAAAAACAGCCAGCGUGGUGUAAGCAGAGAGAUACCUGGUCGCUCUACCUCUUCCCUUCAGAGUCAAGAUUCAGGAUCCUGUGCAAUAAGAUCAUCACCCACAAGAUGUUUGACCACGUUGUGCUGGUCAUCAUCUUCCUCAACUGCAUCACCAUCGCCAUGGAGAGGCCUCGAAUCGACUCCAAAAGUGCUGAGCGGGUUUUCCUGACAGUGUCCAACUACAUCUUCACAUCAAUCUUUGUGGCUGAAAUGACUGUAAAGAUCGUGUCUAUGGGCUUUUUUUUCGGGGACAAGGCGUACCUGAGGAGCAGCUGGAACGUUCUGGACGGGAUGCUCGUCAUGAUUUCUGUUAUUGACAUCCUGGUGUCUCUCAUUUCCCAAUCCGAAACCAAGAUCCUGGGCAUGCUCAGAGUGCUGAGGCUGCUGAGAACUCUGAGACCGCUACGCGUGAUCAGCAGAGCCCCGGGCCUGAAGCUGGUGGUAGAGACCCUGAUGUCGUCCCUGAAGCCCAUCGGCAACAUCGUGGUCAUCUGCUGUGCCUUCUUCAUUAUCUUUGGCAUCCUGGGAGUACAGCUUUUCAAGGGAAAAUUCUUCAUUUGUCAAGGAGAGGAUGUAAGGAACAUCACCAAUAAGUCAGACUGCUUGCAAGCCAACUAUAAGUGGGUCAGACACAAGUACAACUUUGACAACCUGGGACAAGCCUUGAUGUCUCUCUUUGUGCUGGCGUCAAAAGAUGGAUGGGUCGACAUUAUGUACGAUGGGCUAGAUGCUGUGGGAGUUGACCAACAGCCCAUAAUGAACUACAACCCAUGGAUGCUGCUCUACUUCAUCUCCUUCCUCCUGAUCGUCGCCUUCUUCGUGCUCAACAUGUUUGUGGGCGUGGUGGUGGAGAACUUCCAUAAAUGCCGGCGCCACCAGGAGGCCGAGGAGGCCAAACGCAGGGAGGAGAAGAGACUGAAACGCAUGGAGAAAAAGAGACGGAAUUUAUUGGUUCCGGGGGUGAGUUGGGCCCUCUCUGACGGCACACUGAAAGAAGCUCAGAGUAAGCCCUACUACUCGGAUUACUCCCCCACCCGCCUUCUCAUCCACAAGAUGUGCACCAGCCACUACCUGGACCUGUUCAUCACCAUCGUAAUAGGCCUCAACGUCAUCACCAUGUCAAUGGAGCACUAUCAGCAGCCUAAGGAGCUGGACGAGGCACUGAAGAUCUGUAACUACAUCUUCACUCUCAUUUUUGUGCUGGAGUCGGUCUUCAAGCUGGUUGCCUUCGGCUUCCGACGCUUCUUCAAGGACAAGUGGAACCAGCUGGAUCUGGCCAUCGUGCUGCUGUCCAUCAUGGGCAUCACUUUGGAGGAGAUUGAGGUCAACGCUUCCCUGCCCAUCAACCCCACCAUCAUUCGCAUCAUGAGAGUGCUGAGGAUUGCUCGAGUAUUGAAGCUCUUGAAGAUGGCGGUGGGGAUGAGAGCUCUGCUGGACACCGUUAUGCAAGCCCUGCCUCAGGUGGGCAAUCUGGGUCUACUCUUCAUGCUCCUCUUCUUUAUCUUUGCAGCACUGGGAGUGGAGCUGUUUGGUGACUUAAUUUGUGAUGAACUCCACCCCUGUGAGGGUCUGGGGCGCUACGCUACAUUUAAAAACUUUGGGAUGGCCUUUCUGCUGCUCUUCAGAGUUUCCACUGGAGACAACUGGAAUGGCAUAAUGAAGGAUACAUUGAGGGACUGCGCCCAAGAUACAGGCACCUGCUACAACACUGUGGUUUCUCCCAUCUACUUCGUCUCCUUUGUCCUGACCGCUCAGUUUGUCCUGGUCAAUGUGGUCAUCGCAGUCCUGAUGAAGCACCUGGAGGAGAGCAACAAGGAAGCCAAGGAGGAGGCGGAGCUGGAGGCGGAGAUGAUGGAACUGGAGAUGGAAGCGGGGGACAUGGCAGCAAGGUCGCCCCAGCUCAACCCUCUGACACUGGGUAUGGACAGGUCGAGUUCUGGGGGUUCCCCCUGGAGGUCUCCCAGAGGAGUGGAUACAGAGCAGGAAAGGGAUGGUCCUAUGGACUCACCCACUGCUAAUAUAACCAGAGACUCUGUAGGCAUCAGAGCAGAAUCCCCUUCAUGCACAGAGCCCCAACUGGAGUUUGUCCAGCGGAGGGCACUCUUUGACUCGGUCUCCCUGGUCAUCCAGGGUUCAAUGGAGGGGGAGAUGAGUCUCAUGGACAACCUGUCCGGCUCUAUCUGCCACUACUACGCGCUGCCCCCCAAGCCCAGCAAGCACAGCACCGACAAGAAGAUCCCUCUAGCGGAGAUGGAUGCUCUGUCUCUGGCCUCUGAGAAUUCCUGGUCCCUAGCUCUGACAGACGACUCAACCCCCGACGAUUUUAACCCCCUAUUUCUAACCACUCUGGAAUGCAAUGCGGAGCAGCUCGGUCCUGGGGCGCUUCGGGACGACAACCUGUUGAGCGUCAGAAAGCCUGCGGUGGGACGCACGCACUCCCUACCCAACGACAGCUACAUGUUCCUCUCACCACAGCCUGUGGGGCAAACAUCUCCCACUGCAGCACACCCACAGGGGCCCCAGCACAUACUGGGCACUCACAGGGCCCAAUCGGGCUCCAGUGGCUCGGUGCGUUCACAACCCGCGGAGUUUUCCCAGCAGCUGACCGUUCCCACAGACCUCUUCAGACCCAUCAGCCCACACAGCCACUCAGAUUCAGAGAGUAUACCACGAAACCCACCAUCUAGACGCACACACACAUUUAGCCGCACGCUACGCAGACAGGUUGCGGUGUCUACUGAUUCUCAGGAGGCCCUUUGUACCGACGUAGGGGAAAGCAGUGAAGGACUCGUGAAUGUGGCCUCUCUUGGCCUCCCUCCAUCCCCUACCCCCUCCAUCUCCUCUACCUCUCCCUCUUCCUACCAUCAUCAUCAUCACCCUACUCCUCAACAACCAGCUCUGUGCCUGGUCCCUGCCACGCCGGGCGCCUCCCCUAAACCAUCACGUCCCAGCACAGUGCACACCCAGCACCACGACCAGCAUUGCCUCGCCUCCUACUCCCCCUGCCCUUCGCCUCCCCCUCCCAUUCCCGCCAGGCCGCCCCAGCAGGAGGUGUCAGAGGAUCGGGAAGUGUCCCUCAUUAACCAGGUGGUGUUGGCCGGCAGCGACGACAUCACGGCCGAGGACAGCAGCAGCGGCGGCGGGAACAAAGGUUACGGCAGCUACGCGGGCUGCCAGGAAAGUCGGAGUCCGUGUUUGAGGCAGCUGAAGAGGUUCCACAGCGCUGACACGCAGGGCCGCAACGCCCUCCUGCCCCGCCCCCGCCCUUAUUCCUGGCUGGACGACCCACGGCGCCACUCUGUGGAAGUCUGCUCCCCAGUUGAUUCCAGCCCCCAGUGCAGCACCAACUCCACCUCCUCCGGCUUUGUGUCUCGGGCCGACAGCCUGCAGAUUCAAAGUCAGAUCCCCGCUCAGACCUCCCCCCGCCGCAAGAAGAAAAUGAGCCCACCCUGUAUAUCUGUGGACCCCCCUGAGGGACUGGAACCCCAGUCUGGCCUCUACCCAUGCCUGGGUGGGCUCAGUGGCAUGGGACUGACUGGGUUAGGGAUGCCCCCUCCCCUACCCAACCGGGACACCUACCUGAGGAGGAGAGCACCCUCCAGUGACUCCAAGGACUCCUUUGACCUGGCGGUCGGAGAGGGUUCAGGACAGGACGGAGGUUCACCGAACCCCAACACCAACUCCAAGUUAUUAACUCUUCCCAGCUUCUCCUUUGAGAAGACAAGCUCUGAGCACUGAACACCAAUACUCGAAUACACACACACACGCACACACACACACAGCCGGACGAACCCUCCACACACAUAAACACACGAUGCACUCUGUGUGUCUGUGAUGGUGAUAGUUCUAGUAAUAAUGCUGUAGAAAGUAAUAAUGGUAAAACUACAUCAAACAGUAAAAACAUCCUUGGUUUCAUAAGGAGUGCAGUACUGUAGUAGUGUGACCAUCCCUCGUCUUUGUAUUGUUACUGCCAAAACAGCCAGAGAAGAAGAGAACGACAAAUAUUUCUCUGGCUGCAGCUUGACCCCAUAACCUCUGGAGUGACAUCAGCGCCUGGGUUAUUAGCGCCCACUGCGGUCGCCAUAUGAACUGCCUGGUGUUAAUACAGAGCGGACCUGGUCAGUGGAGGUACAAAGCAAUAUUUAGAGACACUAUUUUCUUAAAUUAUUGGCCCAUAGUGUUUGUACAGGAUGUUGUUUUUAAUUUCAUUUAACUGUUAUUUUCAUGUCUUUUUGUGAUUUUCUUUCUUUUUUUUUGGUUUUUUGGGGUUUUUUUUGGUCAACAAUGGUUUGUCUUUGUCUUUCUUUUUCACUGUAGGAUAUUUCUAGCUUUCUUGGUUUACUAAGGAAAGUGAACGUUUUUCAAAGUGGUGAAAACCAGUAUUUGUAGGAAUAAUAUAUAAAUAUAUAUAUAAAAAAAAACAAAAAACAAGUCAUUAAACUGAGCUUGGAUUUUUAAGCACACGCAGACCUUGGUGGUUUGAUUGUUGGACGAUAA